UAUUCCAAAACCUAGAUCUUGACUCAACGGUUGACAACUGGGUAUUAACAAAAGCCAAAGCCACAGUUUGGACUAAAAAAGUUUCAUUAUUUGCGAGUAAAAAGGGCGACUACGUGCACGAGAUUUGCGUUAAAACAUGGUCUAGGAAGGACAAAAUGUACGCAGUCUUAUUCCUAUUUCUGGAGACAAUUUACGUGAUUUGAAUCCGCGCUACCUAGGAUGCUAACAACAAGCCUUACCAUUGAUUUUCCACAUCAAAAUAGACUUUUCUCACUGUUCGUUGUUAUUGGAGCUUUACACUCAAUGCCUAGGUUUAUCAAGUUUGGGGGAAGCAAGCAAAGAACAAAGUUUGACUUUCUUUUUUCUCUUUUCUCUCUUUUUUUUUCUUUUUUUUUUUUUCAUGUCCAGUGAAGAUAUGUCAUAGAAGCAAAGUAUAGAAGUGUAGAGUGAUCUACUUUACUUAAAGCUAUAAAGUAUGAACUCGAGCCACAAGCCAGCAAAUAAGAAAAAUCUUAUAGGAUCUAGAGCUAUUCUUCUGAAUAAAUUAUUUAUGUUAUCUAUUUUUUCUUAUAUUAUAUGAUUCUCUUGCAUUUUAAUUAGAAUCCCCACUUCUAGCUCCCAAACUAGCAUCUGAUUCUUUAACUAGUUAGAUUUGACACACCUGACAGCCUGUUUGCCACUUUCACACCAGUUUUCAUUGUCAAUAUCACAAGAAACACCUAAUAUGUUUAGCAAUCAAAACCACAUAUUCAUCAUUCCUGUUUGAUGUCUCAAUGAAGUAAAAGUGACACUGUUUCAGAAGAAUUGAGAGCUUUAGUUUGAUCAAAGAUGUUCAAGCCAGGAAGAUGGAGAAGCGAGAAGAAAAUCAAAGCCGUGUUCAUGUUGCAGUUUCAGGCAACUCAGGUGCCACAAUUGAAAGCAAAAACACUGACAAUAUCUCUGGUUCCCGCGGAUGUUGGAAAGCCGACGGUGAGAUUAGAGAAAGCUGCCAUUGUGGAUGGAACCUGUUGUUGGGAUAAUCCUGUGUAUGAAACAGUGAAAUUAAUCAAGGAGCUGAAAACAGGAAAAUUCAAUGAGAAAUUUUAUCAUUUCAUUGUAACAACUGGAUCGUCAAAAUCAGGUCUCCUGGGAGAAGUCUCGAUUAAUUUUGCAGAUUACGCAGAGGCAGCUAAACCUUCAAUAGUCUCCCUACCCCUCAAGACUUCAAACUAUGCAGGAAAUGGAGCAAUUUUGCAUGUCACAAUUCACAAUAUGCAGGGCUCUAAUGAUCAAAGAGACAAUGAUGAAGGUGAAACGCCAACAACCAAGUCACAUGAUAGGAGCUUGAAGAAUAAUUUAAGGAACAAUGAUAGAAACGGAAACAGCAACAUCAAUUUUACUGAAGAUGAUUACAUCAAUUACCUCACAUCAGAGGAGUGUGAACACAAUGCGAGCUUAAAAAAUCUUCUUGUGGAAAAUCCUAUAAUCUGUGAGGAUGAUACCACUCUCAGACAACACUCCAUGCCCAAGAAGAGAACAGUUGAUGUUGUUCAGAAAAAUAGCCAUAUGCAUCAGAGAACAAACACAGACUGGUCAGUGGGUUCUGUUUCAGAUGGAAGUAUAGUCGACUCACCAAACAGCCCCGAGGAAAAUUUACCAAGGGACAGGUCAACAGAGGCUUCAGAUAGAUCCAAUGAAAAACUUGUAAGAGAAAUUUCUAUGUUGGAAAGGCAGGUAGCAGUAUCAGAACUGGAAUUACAGUCGCUUCGGAGGCAAGUUGUGAAGGAAAGCAAAAGGGGACAGGACCUAACGAGACAAAUUGUUAGCCUGAAAGAAGAGAAAGAUGUGCUUCAAACAGAAUCUGAACAACUUAAGUCUUUGCUGAAAUGCAGGGGUGAUGUAGAAGUUUCAAAUCAAUUGCAAAUGGAGAUCGAAAAUUUAAAUGCUAUAUUAGAAGAAAUUAGGCAAGAGCUUAAUCAUGAGAAAGACUCAAAUACCACUAUGAGAAUGCAGCUGCAGAAGACUGAAGAAUCAAACUCUGAAUUGAUUCUUGCAGUAAGAGACCUUGAUGAAAUGUUGGAGCAAAAGAACAGGGAAAUAGUUGAUCUCUCAGCCAUAAUAGAAGCCUGUAAGAAUGAAAGGGAGGCUUCCAAAGAAGUUUCAGAUUGCAACAAUGAAGCCAAUGAAAUAGACAUGCUCAAGCAGAUGAUCACAGACCUUUACGGUGAAAUAGAGGUCUACAGGAAAGACAGAGAAGAGCUAAAGAUGCAUAUGGAACAGCUUGCUGUGGACUAUGAGAUUGUAAAACAAAAAAACCAUGUUACCUCUCAGAAGUUGGAGCAAAACGAAAUAGAACAGAUGAAGAUGCAGAAUGAAUGCUCAGACUAUUUGGCAACUAUAAAAGAGUUCAAACUCCAGAUAGAGAGGUUACAGAAAGAAAUCAAGAAGCAGGCAUUAGAAAUAUCAGAAUCGUCAAACACAAUUAAUGAGCUUGAAACUCAGGUAAAAAGCUUGGAGAAAGAACUGGAAAAGCAGGCACAAGGAUUUGAGGAUGAUUUAGAAGGCAUAACACUUGCCAAAAUUGAGCAGGAACAGAGGGCGAUCCAAGCAGAGGAGGCCUUGAGAAAGACAAGGUCAAACAAUGCUAUUGCGGCUGAGCAAAUUCAGGAGGAAUUCAGAAGGCUUUCUGUUACAAUGACAUCUAAGUUUGACGAGAAUGAGAAGCUGACCAUGAAAGCAGUUACAGAAGCUAAUGAUCUGCACCAGCAGAAAAGUGCUGUAGAAGAAAUGCUCCAGAAAGCUAAUGAAGAACUAGACUUGAUGAAAGAGCAGUACGAAGUAAAACUUCAAGAGCUUUCAGACCAGAAAGAUCUGAAAUCAAAACAAAUAGAGCAGAUGUCGCAGGAACUCAAGGAAAAGUGCAUGCAAAUUGAAAAGCUUAAAAAACAAGAUGAAGAAAUGCACCAGUCUUUCUCAAUUGAAAUCAAAAAACUCAAAAGUGAGAAAGGCAGGCUCAAAACAAAGAAUGGCUUCUCUGAAGAAGCAGAGCAUAAACAAAAAUUGAGAGGUGAACCAGAGAUGCAGCAAAGAUGGAGUAAAGAAAGAGAAGAACUAAAGAGAGAAUUUGAUUCAGCAAGAAAGGAAGCUCAAAAACUACAGAAGGAAACAAAUACUUUGAGGUCUUUGAAGGAUGAAAAGGAGACAAUGGUUAGGAUUCUGCAGUCAGACAUACAAAAGCUCAGAGUUCAAAAUAAUGAAUUGAAACAUUGUUUGUCUGAAGAAGAGCAGGAGAAAGAAAACCUGAGGAAAGAGGUCGUUAAAUUGGAGGGUGACCUACAGAAGAAGGAAGAGGCAAUCAUCGUUACAGGAAAGAAACUGGUCGGUGAGAAGGUUAAUUUGGUUGAGCUUUCAGAGAUGAGCUCUACGCCAGGCACAUUCAAAGAAAAUCGAGUUGGCAAAGCGCUAGUCAAAAGUGAAGUAGAAACUUGCUCAGGGAUGAACAUAUCCAUUUCCCAGACAAUUGAUGAUUGCCAUCCUACCCAAUUGUUAAGUGAAAUGGAAUUACUGAAGGAAAGGAACAAAUGUAUGGAAGGAGAGCUGAAAGAAAUGCGAGAGAGAUAUUCAGAGAUAAGUCUCAAAUUUGCAGAGGUAGAAGGUGAAAGGCAACAGCUAGUAAUGACUGUACGAAACCUGAGAAACAGUAAGAAGACUAGCUUUUUCUGAGAUGGUGGAAACCUGAAAUGAAACUAUGGAAAAUAUGUGCUAGCAGGGUGUGGUGAGUAAUAGCUUUUUCUGAGAUGGUGGAAGCCUGAAAAUGAAACUACAGAAAAUAUGUGCUAGCAGGGUGUGGGGAGUAAUGUCAAGGUUACACUAGAGUUCGGCAAUGUAGCAUGUACAUCAGCAACACGUGUUAUAACAUUCUUUCAUUGUGUUUAUUGUUCAUCUUCUCUGUAGGAAAAAUAAAAAAUAACCGGAGUAUUUGAUUAAUUUAACAGAACAUGAUCAAGAAGCCAAGCCAUGUUCCCUAAGCCAAUAAGUGCACUUUGUUUCCAUCACGGAGACUUUUGCAUCUGUUGUGUGUGAUAUUCACAAAUGGGGUUUUGGCCUUGCUCAAACUAGUGGGGUUGGUUGGGAUGAACUAUAUAAGUGCCCUUUUUGACAUUUUUACUAAAAAAAGUAGAGGGAAAAAAGAUGUAUGUUUGGGAUAAUUUUUUGACUUUUUACGAAAAAAUGUGUAUUAAAAUAUUGUAUCAACUAGCAAAAUUACCGAAGUA